UAUUAUUUUAAAUAUAUCUAUAAAUGUUAUAAACACUGAAUUUCUAAUGUCUAAGUAUAUUAUGUCGUUUGUUGGUUUAUAAGUAUAAGUGUUUUUUAUAAAUGUUCUGUUUAUUUUAUACUGUGAAAAAGUUUUGUUAAAAUGGAAGGUAGCAAUGAAUCUCUUUCAGUAAUGAGUUCAGCACUGGGUAGCUCCCCCGGUGUUCUGCUCACUCCUGGUCGGACGAGGAACAUCGCACAAGACAUGGAAGCUCUUAGGCUUUCUAGACAAGACAACCCCUACUUGCAGCAAGUGAUGGCGAGCAGAGAAAGUCUAAUCGACAGCCAUGCAGAGGAUUGCGGAUCUGAUGAUACAAUUUUAAUGUCACAGGAAUUUGGCAGCACAGCUUUAGACUUUGUGGAGGAAGACCCCCUGACAUUAAAAGAGGUUCAUGAGCAUAUGAUCAGGUCUCCGCCCCCUACAAGCUGCUGGCCUCAUGGGGCGGAGUCGCGGCGCGCGGCCAGCGCCUUCGAGUUCGCGGCGAGCGGGGGCGCGGGCGCCGCGGUCAGUGCGCGCCCCACUAGUGCCACCGCUGCUCCUGCUUGUGCCUCUCUGUUGCAUGGCUUGCUUUGCUUUUCCUAUGUUAGUGCUUAAUUAUGUGUUUGGUGUCACCUUUUUGUUGAAAUUAUUUUGUUCAUUUUGGGUUUUUAUUUUCCACAAUGGUAUUUUUUCAUUGCGGGUAUUUUUGAAGAACGCAGUUAAUUAAAUCCACCGGUCCAUGUACGUACUCGCCGGUUGGACCGUGUCCAAACGAUACUGGGACUGGACAUUCCUGUCGGCUCCCGACGAGGCGAGGAGGGAGCGGAACGAAGGCGGCCCGUCGACACCUCGGUGAGGCAUUUCAUGAUGAGCGCGACCUCCGCUGGUGUCUUCACUGGCAUAAAGAAGAUGAAAUCUUACAGGACGUCUAUGGUUUUACUGUCUCUGUACAAAGUGCAUGGUGUCAGAGUGAACGGGAGUGUUGUGGCACUAUCGAAUGUGAGGCGGCGCGGCGUGCGGCAGCGGCAGCGGCGGGGGUAGCGGCGGGGGCA